GCGCAGUCUCGGGCCGAGGUGGAAGUGGGCAAGAUGGCGGCUUCCGGUGUAUGGAGCUCGGUGCCUUCCCUUCUCCUUCUCUUUCUCCUCCUUCUUCUUCCGGGGACGGAGGCCGGGCGAGGCCGGGUGCAGGAGCUGAGCGACGGCGAGUGGAGGGAGCUGCUCCAGGGAGAGUGGAUGCUGGAAUUCUAUGCUCCCUGGUGCCCUGCGUGUCAGAACCUGCAGCCGGAAUGGGAAAGCUUCGCGGAAUGGGGAGAGGACUUGGAGGUCAACAUUGCCAAAGUGGACGUGACGGAGCAGCCAGGACUCAGUGGGAGGUUCAUCAUCACAGCGCUGCCCACCAUCUACCAUUGCAAAGAUGGGGCGUUCAGGCGGUACCAGGGUCCGCGGACAAAGACGGACUUCAUCAACUUCAUCAGCGACCAGGAGUGGAAAUCCAUUGAGCCAGUCUCCUCCUGGUUCGGCCCCUCUUCCUUCCUGAUGAGCAGCAUGUCUGCCCUCUUCCAGCUCUCCAUGUGGAUCCGGCAAUGCCACAACUACUUCACCGAAAGCCUGGGCCUCCCGCCCUGGGGAUCCUACACCAUCUUCGCCUGCGUGACGCUCUUCUCAGGGCUGACGCUGGGCCUCAUCAUGGUGUUCCUGGCAGAUUGCAUUUGCCCUUCCAAAAAGCACAGGCCGCCGCAGUAUCCGCACCAAAGAAAGCUUCCCAAGUGUCCUCCGCAAACGUUGUGCGAGGACUUCUCCGAGAGCGAAGGGGAGCAUAGAAGCCCCGCUCCGAGCACCGUGAGGCAGCGCAUGGUGGCGCCGGGGACCGAAGCAGCGAAGGAACACUCCUAGCCCGUGCUUGGCGGCUCCCCUGGCACGAAGCCUGGGCCAGGCUGAGCCCAACCCACUCUCUUUCCACCUCGUCGGAGGCAACCAAGGCCAGUGGCAGGCAUUUCCAAGUCAAGUAGCAGCCUCGCUUGGUGUGUGAAGGGCCAGAGGAGCCUCCCUUGGUCGGGACUUGUGCGCAACUCCGACGUUGCAGGGCCGCAGUGUUGCAGAAGGCCGGGAGAGAAGGCUCCUCUCUUCCCGAUUCCAUCCUAACACGAGGCUCGCAUGUAGAACUCUAGCACUGACUAACAAGCCCAAUGGAGCCGGCAACUUGGGAUGCCCUGGGGCUCCUUUGGGCAGAACUGGGGUCCGCGUGGCGCCUCCACUCCGAACGGGAGAUGAAGUCCUUGUGUGAGAUUUCCCUCUAUUAUUAUUUUCAUCAUCAUCAUCAUCAUCAUCAUCCUUAUCUGCCCCUCUCCUCCUGGCUGUUGCGUUCCCAUCCCUUGAUGUGUCUUUCUUUCCUGUCCUGGAAUCCUUUGGCUGAAGCUGGGUCUCCCGAGACUGUCCUGGGCAGUGAUUGGCAGCAUUAGCAGUAUCUCCCCUUCUCUGCUUCUUCCGUGCCAGUUAAUAGCUUGGAAAGGAAGAGUAUAGGAAUUUCAGUGUGGGGUGCAUUGGCACUGUGGGGUGAACGCCACUCUAAUUGCCAUUGCUCCUUGCUGUGGGGUCUGAGGAGUUGUAGUUUGGUGAGGCAGAGUUUCCCUGUCCAGGAUGGAUCCCAUAGCCUUGAGCCAUGGCCAUGACGGUGAUGACGUCAACCUGGAUUCAUUCCACAGUGUAGAUAGUAAUAAUAAAACUUUAUAACCAGCUUGCUGUGGGGUAUGAGGAGUUGUAGUUUGGUGAGGCACCGUCUUGGCAGAGUUUCCCUGUCCAGGGUUGAUCCUUGAGCCAUGGCCACAACGGUGGCGACGUCAACCUGGAUUCAUUCCACAGUAUAGACAGUAAUAAUAAAGAACAAGCCACGAGAGUCAAGAUGAAGAUCCACCCAGAGGAAAAGUGUUCU